AUGGAAAUACCGAGUUUCUCGACCCUGUGGGACACCUGUGAAACACUCUCUCGUUUGGAGAGCAGCAUUCGAGAGAUUGGCAGCCAGCAGCGACACGGUAGCCAUAGCGAGGGCAGAAAGAAGUGGCGACCGCAAGUGAGCGAUAACUACUACAGCGAUGGCAUCUGCGGUGUGACAUUCGGCAUUGAGCGUCCUGAGUUCUGCCACCCGCUGAAGACCUGCUGUGAUCACCACUUCUUCACGGAGGAGGAGUUCCGGCGUCAUGAGGCCCAACACGUCAAGGAGUGUUCUGUGGUCAUCCAUCCGAGCGUCCUCAACUUCCACAUUGAGACUGCUCACUCGCCCGAGGUGUUUGCGCGCUUGAACCCCGUCCUGGCGGACAAGAGUAUCGUCCUGUGGCGCGACUCAAGGAAAAAGUCGCUAAACAAGCGGAAACCCUUCGAACUGCGCGAUCCGAACGCCUCCCGCGUUGACCGACCGAAGGGGUCCAAUUCACGCGUAAGUGUUUUUCACUUUACGCCUUUGUGCCUCUCUUUGUGGGGCUGGUGA